CAACCGAUCACCAACGCAACCCACUUCCCGACCAUUUUGGGAACAUUGCUCUACUCCACAGUUGUGCCUGGUCUCCUCAGAACUAUUUCAACUCGCACUGCUCUGGCAUUGCGGGGACCCAUGAUCACCCAGAGGGCCAGUGUCUUCACCAGACCGGCUAAAGACCCUCUCGGCCCUUCCGAGACCAUCAUCGGACUGGGACUGUUCGCACUGGCUAUCCUGGGACCUUCCGGUUGGAUUCUCACCAACAUUGAGGACUACAAGAAGAAAGAUUAACUUAAACUUCUUAUGGAGCAAUGGCGACACCGUGUGUAG